UAAUUUAGAUUAAAGAAAGGGUUCGAGAGGACUUCAUUUCCCAGGAUGCAGUUGCAGCGUGACUGGGAUGGCUUACCUGGAAUCGUUGUCACCUGGAUCACAUUACAAGAAAAGAGUCAGAAGGGCUAGAGAAGACAAAGCGUGAGGGUGCAGAAGGAUAGGCACAUUCCAGCUGUUAUUAACCCUUUCUGAAACAGCUAGGGGGGCUGAGUUCUGGUACAAAGAACGCAAUUCUAAGACACGUCUUCCAGGCUGACCCCAGUACAAGAGAUUAGGGAGCUCAGAAGCACACCAAGAAUACCACGAUGAAUCAACAAGGAGGCAUGAGCAGCAGCGUGCUAACAGCGAACAUGGAUAUAGAGCUGAAUGCCUCCCUUGCCACAGCGGAUGAGCUGUCCAAGGAGCUGGGCAGCAUGUGGGAAGAGUGCUUGCCAGUGACUGACACCCCCAAGAGCUCUGGGUCCAGUGAAAAGCUGAAUAAGCUGGGUCCUGUUUCCAGCAGCAGAGACCAGACUGCACAGGCCUCUUGCUUCUCAUACAAGCCAACCAGCCUACCUGAGCACGGCCAGUCCACAAAGUCUUUGGACUCGGUGACAGCCGGAAAAUACCAGUGUAGCCCCCGGCCCCCUAGCCUCUACUCUCCCGACAGGCAGACACCACCUCUGGGACAACGAGAUCACAGUGGCUCCCCCCGCACAAUCAACUCGGACUCACUUUCCACCUAUGAUCCGCGUAACCAACCUCGACAAUUAAACCGCUCCCCCUCCCCGCGCAUGAUGAGGCGCAAUCCUCCCUUUCCAGUGUACGAAGCUGGCCAAUCAGGACUCAGCUCUCCGCGGUCGUUGCCCUUUGAGCGAAGCCCCUCCCCUCACCUGGGCUACCCUGCCAACUCCAGCACAAUGCCACGGAACUUCAAACCCUGCAAUUCUCAGGAUGACUCACUUGGCAGACAGAGGCCCCCAAAUCCCUGGAACGAGUCGGAUCUCGAUGUCGGCUACAAGAGGGCCCCCCGCCAGCAGCAGGGUCUAGACAAGUACAGGACCCUGCCCUCUAACACCAUGCCCUUUGGCAAUUGGAUCGACUCAAACCUGGACAUGCCUUCCUCUAAAGCAAAGGAUAUGCCAGUCCGGAUGAUUGCUCCCUAUCUCUCCUCGUUGCCCCGUCCCACUCCGCAAUCUCCAUGGAGCAGCCCUCGGUACAGCCAGCCGCCCAUCAUCUCCCGAAUCGUCAUCCCGCCAGGCUCUCCACGGAGGGAGCAGCACCGCCCCAUACCUCUCUCCGUCAUAAUGAGGCUCCAGCACCCCUACUGGACCAGGGACAAUGCCAUCAUCUCCUGGGGGCAGGCGGGGGAUACUACACCCUACCAAAACACAUACCAACCCCAGCCCCAGUUUGAGAGACCAGCAGGGAUGAAGCUCGUGACCCCAGAAGGCCCCCCUGCUCCAGUUUCAGACAGUGGAGCGGUAGAGCCUGAGCUGGAAGGGCUGGGGGUGGGGGUGGGGGAGAUUAUGGAGGUGGCCCCACGGCCCCUCAGCCCCACACGCCUGCAGCCGGUGCUGCCCCCUGAUGCCGCGCCUCUGCCUGAGAUGGAGGAGCUCCUGAGGAUCAGAGCAGAGAUCCCCCGCGCGCUGAAGAAACGCAGCUCCAUCGACAACCCCAUUCUGUUCAACCCUCCAGCCCAGCUCAAGCAAUACCAACAGACCCUCAGCAAGCUGUUCCAGCAGCACAAAGGCACUGAGGAUUUGGGGAGUGAUGCAGGCCUCUCAGAGCUGGGGGAGAACUUGAGCCUGGCUCCUGUCACUCCUGAGUCAGGCACCCAAACACAUGAGGCCAAGGGUCCGCGCUCCAUCUUGAAGACGCCCAGGUCAGAGAGCUCAGGCCGUAGAGCCCGACUCAGCCCUCACGUCUUGCUGCUAGAUGCCUCUUUGGUGGGGGAGCUGGAUGUGGUCCAGAGUGCUGUCCAAGAGAUGAGUGACCCUAGCCAGCCCAAUGAUGAGGGCAUCACUGCUCUCCACAAUGCCAUAUGUGCUGGGCACUACCCUGUGGUGGAGUUCCUGGUACAGAUUGCUGCUAACGUCAAUGCUCCGGACAGUCAUGGCUGGACCCCUCUGCAGUGUGCAGCCUCUUGUAAUGACCGUCUGCUCUGCGAGUUCCUGGUGCGGAACGGGGCUGCUAUCUUAGCUGUGACCGAGAGCGAUGGGGCCACUGCAGCGCAGAAAUGUGACCCGUUCGCACCGAACUUUAAGGAGUGUGAGCAGUUCCUGCGAGGAGCGGAGGAGUCCAUGGGUGUGGUGAACAGUGGGGUGCUCUAUGCUCUGUGGGAUUACACUCCCUGCAAUGCCGAUGAGCUGCCUUUCCAAGAAGGAGACAUGGUGACAAUCCUGCAGCGGGACGAUGAGGGGGGCUGGUGGUGGGCCUCGCUCUGCGGCCGGGAGGGCUUCGUCCCCAAGAAUUACUUUGGGCUGUACCCCCGGAUCCGACCCAAAUCCAUGUCCUCCUGAAGCUAGGCAGGAGUGACACGAGCCUCCCUGGUUCUGAACCCAGACAAGGAUCCGCUGAACCCCCUGGAGCGUGACUGGGACCAACUGGACCGGAUUUACUGCACACUAACUCCAUAUUGUGCUGCUUCUGGGUCUGUACUGGCACUGCUACUGUAUUCAUGAUUGCAUCGAUGUUGCUACCCAUGUGGAUGCUAUACCCGCUAUCGGAUUGCAUGUAAAUAAUACACUGGAAUAGACUGGUACUUUCAAAUGCACCCUCACAGGUGUUGAUUAUGAUUCUGUAUGACACACAGUGACACACUCGCACUGGCACACUGCACACACACAUACGCACACACACACAGGUG